AUAACUGCAAACACUUCAAUAUAAUCAGAAGCCAAACACCAAGUUUUGAAGAAAGAAAGCCAUGGCUGUCUUGUCCAAUAUCAAAAUUCCAUUCCUCUUCUUCUGUAUGAUCCUUUCUUUCACUUCACCAUGUUAUUCUGACCCCGACCAGCUACAAGACUUCUGUGUUGCUGACCUUAACGCUACCACGACUUUCCUAAAUGGGUUUCCUUGCAAACCAGUUUCACAAGUUUCAUCAAGUGAUUUUUUCUUUAGUGGCAUGACCAAGGAAGGGAACAUCAACAAUAUUUUUGGGGUUGGCGUUACUCCAGGUAAUGUUCUUUCAUUUCCUGGGCUAAAUACACUUGGACUUUCAAUGAACCGUGUCGACUAUGCACCUGGUGGAGUUAAUCCAUUGCACUCGCACCCUAGAGCAACUGAAGCUGGAGUCAUCAUAAAGGGAAAAGUACUUGUUGGGUUUAUAAGUACUACAAAUGUUUUCUACUCAAAGGUUUUGAAAGUUGGAGAGAUGUUUGUGAUCCCCAAGGGACUUGUGCACUUUCAGAAAAAUGUCGGAAAAGGGAAGGCUGUCACCAUAACUUCUUUCAAUAGUCAAUUACCCGGGGCUGCCAUACUUCCUGCUACUCUCUUUGCAUCAAACCCUCCGAUCCCUAAUGAUCUUUUGGCUACGAACUUCCAGGUUGAUGAGACAGUCAUCACUAGCAUAAAAUCUAAGUUCGGUUCUUCCUAAAUUUCUUCGUAUCCUAUGAUGAGAUUCUUGUAAUUUUAUGUCUUGCGCAAAUUGAUUGUAUCCGCAGUUAUGUUUAUUAGAUUUGAUAUAAUAAGGGAUUGAACAUCCCACUGUUUUGAUA